AAAUUGGAUAACAUAGCAACAGUUCUGUUUUGCUUUCGAUUUUCCCAAUUAAUAAGCUAUUUUUAGUUUUUGUUUUGGAAACUGUUUUCGUUAUUGCGUUGAAAGUUGAAAAUAAUUAACAAAAAACAACAUCAAGUUCAGUAGUACACCAACAGUGCCCGUCGAAGUACUUUCUAUGCAGAAAUUGUGAAUAAAUGGUUGAUAAAAUAACAAUGGAGACAUAUAGAGUGGUCGUGGUAGCUACUAUAAUAAUAACUGCGAUUUGGGGUGCAUUCUGUUUAUUAGGUAUCAUAAUAAUACCAAGAUUUGAAAUAAACGCCAUGAAAAUCUUUAAUAAUAUCCUUGUUAUUAUAUCAUUUGUCAUUUUUUGUGCGCUAUCAUUUGCUGGUAUUUCAAAAGAGCGUGAAAGGUUUAAAUUGGUAUCACUGAUAACGUGCAUUGUGGUUUUCUUACCCACCAUCGUAUAUUGCAUAUUUUUCGCCGACUACACUAUUGGAAUAGUUUUCUUAAUCAUAAUUUACGUCAAUGCCUACCUGUUAUUGAAAUUUAAAUACGAACUUAUGCAGACGGAACCACAAAAUGUUGAUGUUGAAGUUAAUAGUGUUGGCGGCCAUUGGCUGAAUAAUUCUUAUACGCCACUGCCCCGUCCAUUUACGAUCAGCGAUCAUGUGAAUGAUGUGCCUAUUCCAUCGACUCCACCACCAGAUUAUAAUGCUGUUAUGACGUAUUUAAAUGCAACGUCGUCUUAUUCUAAUACAAAUGCAGUACCAUUGAGCAACGCAAACAACUUUCACCAAGGACCUACGAUGGCCGUGCAACACACUUGUUCGGAUAAAAGUGCGACUAGAUCAGACAAUUGUGCAGUUUAUGCUCCUGAUGAUUAGAUGAUUUUUUUAAGAUCAGAAUUGUGUUAAUCUGACAUAUUUCCUAUUUAUUUCACUCUUUAGCCACACACUGUGGUGAUGAUAUCAAAGUCGGACGAGUAAAUAGAGAAAAAAACUAGUUUUUUCUUUUCGUUCGUCUCCCUAGCCAUUUCUAAAUGUUAUUUACAUCAUAUAAGAAUGAUCCACAAUCACAUACUCGUGCCAUAUUCGAUUUUUGAGUCAAAUAAUUGCACUAUAUCAUAUUCAAUGUUGAUAAGGUCAUAAGGUCAGUAAUAUGGGUGUGUUAUAGCGUUAUUUCAUUUAUUUCGCCAAAAUUCGGUCUGAAUAACACCAUAUAUAUAUAUAUAUAUGUAUUGCGGUUGGUUCAGUUAAAUUUGUUUGAAAUUGAUACAAAAAUCAUUUUUUACGCACAGCAGUCGCAUUAAUUGACGCAAUGAUGUGCGUAUCCGCUUACAUUCGACGAACGCAAAAUUUGAAUAAACAACGCAGUCUUGUGUCAUCCAUUGAAUGAGACACAUCGCAACCAUAGAACAAAGCACGAAAAAUGAAAAGUUCGGUUUUACUUUCGUUUUUUUCCUAAUCAAUAAGAUAUUUUUAAUUUUGGCUAUUGUUUUGAAAAUAAAAUGAUUGAACGAUGAAUAAAAGAAAAAGCAACGAAAAAUGCUUUAUUGCAAAUGUCAAUUUCAUAACAGAUCUUUAUAAAUAAUAAAUUAAACCACAUGCGAAUACAUUGAUGCGACUUAUUGACUUUUGGCCCAAUUAAAAUUUCAUUUAAUUAAUCAUGAAACAUGAGUGCCGCGUAUCUCGCCAUUUCGCAAAAAUUCCAUUCUAAUAAUAGUUACAAAAAAAUAUACGACGCACUGACCUUGACACUGAAUUAUUCUUCGAUAGGGGCAAAAAAAGUACAAAUUACUGAUAUCGUAUGCUGUGCUUCUUUUAAUCACCAUCAUAUAUUGCAUAUUUUACAUCGACUUCCUUCCUGGGAUGAUAUUUUUGAUCGUCAUUUAUGUUGUUACCGGUAUGAUAUUGCAAGUGAUAUACGACAAGAAUGCUACGGAGACACGCCUAUCAAAUAGAUCUGAUAUUGAGUCCCUUGGACAAGAAAAUGAUAAAAUUAGAGGAACCAACUGGUGGACAUAUAGCCCGUGAUAGUAACCGAAGCGCUGACAUUGAGGUCCAUCCAUGUAUUGCCCAUCGACACUUGUAUGCCCCAUCGACAUCCAACAUGGAUGAAAUUCGCGCAUCAAAUGAACCGCCAACAAUUACCCAUCACAACAAUCAUAGAUCCAAUGAACAAAAUGCAAUUCCAAAUCCCAAAAGAUCAUCACUAUAUCACACAGUAGUUUUGCAUCAUAAUAACGUCACGUUUUCCGAUUCCGUACGAGUUUAUAAUUCUGAUUCAAAAACCGGACCAUUACAGUUGUCCACACAAAACACGCCAUCGAAUAAGGGUUCGACUGGGUCAGGCAAUUGUGAAAUUUAUAUUCCUGAUUAAAUGAAAUUAUGAAAUAUAGUUGCUAUUAUUCAUUUGGAAGAGCUUUUACCUCUCCGCAAACAUAGUGUGGGAAAGGUAUUUUUGGUUAGUUUGAUUUUUUAAACUCAAUUCAGUACAAUGUAAUACAUGAAUAAAUACGAUUUUUUUUAUAAAUAACUUAAAAAA